UCGGAAGCAACCGCGCCAUCUGAUUGGUCGCCAGCCACACCCACACUCCCCAUCCCUCCAUCGUCCUCCUCACAAGCGCGUCAACCCACGCGCGGCGGCCGGGGCCGGGAUUCGACCGGAGCGAGGAAUCCGCCGGCCGGAGCAGCAGGAUGGAGAGCUACCUGGAGAACUUCGGGGACGUCAAGGGCAAGAACUCCUCCGACGAGGCGCUCCGGCGCUGGCGCAAGCUCUGCAGCGUCGUCAAGAACCCCAAGCGCCGCUUCCGCUUCACCGCCAACCUCGACAAGCGCGGCGAGGCGCAGGCCAUCAAGCACGCCAACCACGAGAAGUUGCGGGUUGCUGUCUUGGUGUCCAAAGCUGCGCUCCAGUUUAUACAUGGCCUCAAACUCCGAAGCGAGUAUGUCGUCCCUGAAGAAGUCAAGGCUGCAGGGUUUCAGAUUUGCGCGGAUGAGCUCGGGUCCAUCGUCGAGGGCCAUGACAGCAAGAAGCUGAUCACCCACGGCGGAGUUGCGGGAAUAGCGGACAAGCUUGCGACGUCCCCGACCGAUGGGCUCAGUACAGACGAGGACAGCAUGAGGCGCAGGCAGGACAUAUAUGGAAUCAACAAAUUCACAGAGAGCGAGAUCCGCAGCUUCUGGGUCUUUGUAUGGGAAGCGCUUCAGGAUACAACUCUCAUAAUUCUGGCUGUAUGCGCCUUUGUAUCGUUGGUUGUCGGCAUAGUGAUGGAAGGGUGGCCCAAAGGAGCUCAUGAUGGUCUGGGAAUUGUUGCGAGUAUCCUCUUGGUCGUGUUUGUUACCGCCACGAGUGACUAUCGGCAGUCGCUGCAAUUCAAGGACCUGGAUAAGGAGAAAAGGAAAAUUCAGGUGCAAGUUACAAGGAAAGGUUUCAGGCAAAGAAUAUCGAUAUAUGAUCUUCUUCCUGGAGACGUCGUCAAUCUGGCAAUCGGAGAUCAGGUUCCUGCUGAUGGGCUCUUCAUUUCUGGGUUUUCUCUGUUGAUUAAUGAGUCCAGCCUAACUGGCGAGAGUGAACCUGUUAUUGUAAACGAAGAUAACCCUUUUCUUUUGUCGGGUACCAAAGUCCAAGAUGGGUCCUGCAAGAUGCUUGUUACAACAGUUGGCAUGCGAACCCAAUGGGGAAAACUAAUGGCUACUCUCAGCGAAGGAGGUGACGAUGAAACCCCACUGCAGGUCAAGCUUAAUGGAGUGGCAACUAUCAUUGGUCAGAUUGGACUAUUUUUCGCCGUCAUAACUUUCAUCGUCCUGUCUCAAGGGUUAAUCGGCCAAAAAUAUCACGAUGGGAAGCUUUUAAGCUGGUCAGGGGAUAAUGCACUGGCGAUGUUGGAGCAUUUUGCAAUAGCAGUUACCAUUGUUGUUGUUGCUGUUCCUGAGGGUUUGCCCUUGGCAGUCACACUGAGCCUUGCAUUUGCAAUGAAGAAAAUGAUGAAUGACAAGGCACUGGUUCGCAACUUAGCUGCUUGUGAAACUAUGGGCUCAGCUACUACCAUCUGCAGCGAUAAGACAGGAACACUCACAACCAAUCAUAUGACUGUUGUCAAGACCUGCAUUUGUGGAAAUAUCAGAGAGGUUAACAAUCCUCAGAAUGCGUCUAAGUUGUGUUCACAACUUCCAGAAAAUGUUGUCAAAACUCUUCUGGAGUCUAUAUUUAAUAAUACAGGUGGUGAGGUUGUUAUUAACCAAGAUGGGAAAUACCAGAUCCUGGGUACCCCAACAGAGACAGCUAUAUUGGAGUUUGCAAUGUCAAUAGGUGGAAAUUUUAAGGCAAAACGUGCUGAAACUAAGAUUGCGAAAGUGGAGCCUUUUAAUUCCACAAAAAAGAGGAUGUGUGUCCUUCUUCAGCUUUCUGAAGGAGGAUACCGUGCUCAUUGUAAAGGCGCUUCAGAAAUAGUAUUGGCUGCGUGUGAUAAGUUCAUAGACGAGACAGGUGGUGUUGCUCCUCUGGAUAAAGCAACUGCCGACAAGCUCAAUGGUAUUAUUGAUAGUUUUGCUAGUGAAGCUCUUAGGACACUGUGCCUUGCUUACAGGGAAAUGGAAGAUGGCUUUUCCAUUGAAGAACAAUUACCAUUGCAAGGGUACACAUGCAUUGCUAUUGUAGGUAUUAAAGAUCCUGUUCGCCCAGGUGUGAGAGAGUCUGUUGCAAUUUGCCGAUCUGCUGGAGUUAUGGUGAGAAUGGUCACAGGUGACAACAUUAAUACAGCAAAGGCAAUUGCUCGUGAAUGUGGUAUACUCACUGAAGAUGGUCUGGCUAUUGAAGGACCAGAGUUCAGGGAGAAAAGCCUCGAGGAACUCCUUGAACUGAUUCCAAAAAUCCAGGUAAUGGCCCGAUCAUCACCACUGGACAAGCAUACACUUGUAAAGCAUUUACGCACAACAUUCAACGAAGUUGUUGCUGUUACUGGUGAUGGCACAAACGAUGCUCCUGCUCUGCAUGAAGCAGAUAUUGGACUUGCAAUGGGCAUUGCUGGGACUGAGGUGGCGAAAGAGAGUGCUGAUGUCAUUAUUCUGGACGACAACUUCUCCACAAUUGUAACAGUUGCUAGAUGGGGACGCUCUGUUUACGUCAAUAUUCAAAAGUUUGUGCAGUUUCAGCUGACUGUGAAUGUUGUUGCUUUGCUAGUCAACUUCUCCUCUGCUUGUUUUACAGGAAAUGCACCACUGACAGCUGUUCAACUUCUUUGGGUCAACAUGAUUAUGGACACACUUGGCGCGCUCGCAUUAGCCACCGAACCACCUAAUGAUGACUUGAUGAAGAGAGAGCCAGUAGGAAGAACAGGGAAGUUUAUCACAAAUGUAAUGUGGAGGAACAUUUUUGGGCAGUCUAUCUACCAAUUUUUUGUUAUGUGGUAUCUCCAGACGCAAGGGAAAAACUUUUUUGGGCUCGGAGACUCUGAUUCUGAUAAUAUCGUGCUAAAUACAAUUAUUUUCAACUCAUUCGUCUUCUGCCAGCUGUUCAAUGAGAUAAGCUCGAGGGAGAUGGAGAAGCUCAACGUGCUCAAGGGCAUGCUGAAUAAUUACGUCUUCAUGUGUGUCCUCAGCAGCACAGCCAUCUUCCAGUUCAUCAUGGUCCAGUUCCUGGGUGAGUUUGCCAACACUACGCCUCUCACCGGCCGCCAGUGGCUUGCCAGCGUCCUCCUUGGCCUCGUUGGGAUGCCCAUCGCCGUUGUUGUGAAGCUCAUUCCUGUUGGGUCCUCAUGAUGAAGACGGUCUCCGCAAAAUGAAGCACGGGCUCAGAAUCGACCAAUUUCCUAUUGUGUGGAGAUGAACCCUCCUCCAUGCAGUCUUUGGGGAUGCAUGGAGAGCAGGCCUGGGAAGAGCUGCACCAGACAAAUUUUGUAGCAUAUCAAUUUGGGAGAUUUGCACCGUACUGUGUAAGGAACAUUUGCGGUUGGUGCUGGGUCUCAGGGUCUGCUCGUUAGUGCAGCAGAAUUGUAAGAUUUGUGUCUGUUUUGGGGUUCAGACCAGAAAGAAUAUAUAUUAUGUGGAUCGAUGAACAGAUAAACCUGAUCGUUUCAAACCAUUUCUUCCUUGCUUA